AUGCAGGCUAUCAUUAUUUGUGUCAAUGUGGACUUCCUCACGCUGCAAGUGUUUACUGUGAUUCACACGCUGCAGUAUUUCCAAACUACGUCCUCUCAAGUUCCAAACUUCCCAGAGUUUGUGAGUGUUGGUUAUGUUGAUGGAGUUGAGAUUAGUUACUAUGACAGCAACAUCAGGAAAGCAGAAUCCAAACAGGACUGGAUGAACAAAAUCACAGCAGAGGAUCCAAAAUACUGGCAGAGACAAACAGAGAUCAAUGUUCGUAAUGAGUUUACUAACAAACACAACCUUGAAGUUCUUAAGAAGCGUUUCAACCAAACUGGAGGUGUUCACAUUUUCCAGUGGAUGUAUGGAUGUGAAUGGAAUGAUGAGACUGAUGAGGUUAAAGGUUGGUAUCAGCAAGGUUAUGAUGGAGAAGAUUUCAUAUCGUUGGACAUGAAGACAUGGACAUUUACUGCAGCAAAACCACAAGCUUUCCCCUCCAAACUCAAGUGGGACCAGAACAUAUUUAUACUAGACCACCAGAAGUAUUAUUUCACUGAGCAUUGUCCUUCUUACUUGAAGAAGCAUGUGAAGAAUGGGAAGAAGGUCCUAAUGAGAACAGAGCUUCCAGAGGUGUUCCUCCUCCAGAAGACGCCAUCCUCUCCAGUCACCUGCAUGGCGACAGGUUUCUACCCCGACUUUGCCGACCUGUUUUGGAGGAAAGACGGCGAGCAGAUCUUCGAGGACGUGGAGCACGGAGAGCUGCUCCCCAACCACGACGGAACCUUCCAGAUGUCGGUGGAGCUGAAAGUGGAGGUGACGGCCGAGGUGGAGGGCAAGUACGAAUGUGUGUUCCAGCUGUCUGGCGUCAAGGAGGACCUGGUCACCAAGCUGGAGAGAAGAAGCAUCCUGAGCAACGCAAGCCACAAAACUGGAAAUGCCACAGUACAAGACAACACUAAGAUCCUCCCUAUGACGAAGGACUCGGAGGACAGCAUUCCAGAUGCCUUUGAGGUGGUGCCACCUCAGAACUGUCCCUUCCCGGACAACCGUGUCACAUACAUUGGUGGCUGGGUGAUGAAGUGA